AUGAGUUUCUCCUUCCCCUUUGGCGGCGGUGACCCCGGCGGUCAAGCCGCCCACAGUCGUAUAUCCCUCAAUCCCGAUCCCCCGGCGGGCGGCCCGUCGGGUGGACGCCCCUCGGGCGACUCUUCCGGCGACUACCAAGCCAUGGCGGCCGCUCUCGCCGGCGCCAACACGGCCAUCGGUCUGACGUCCAUCGGUCGGCGGAUGAGCUUCCUGCCCGGGCCUCCGGUCGCGGCGGUUGGGUCUUUCCCCGCUCCUGGCGGGCCUCCUCCUCUACCUCCGACUGUGGCGCCAUCGGCUUCAGGACAAAACACCGCCGCCGCCGCCACCACCACCCUCGCCUCCUCCUCCUCCUCCUCCUCCUCCUCCUCGACGUCCUUCGAGUCCCGGCGCAUCUCCAUCCUCCCGGUGACCCUGGAUCCGGAGCAUGGGUUUUCUCUGUCCUCAUUCUCAGGACGCGCGCCGAAGUUGGCCACCCAGGCACCCCCGCCACAGGCGCAUAACCCGAUGGCCGCAUCCGCCAUGUCGCGCUCCCAGGCCACUUUCAUGGGCUCCUCGCGGGCACAAUUCUCGGCCAGCGUACAUAUGGGCGAUGUCGGGACCCGAGGUGGUCCGUCCGGGGCCGGUGGCGGCGGGCCCAAUUACCGCGACCGGGAGUUCGUCCUCAACUCCAUCAGCCAACUGUGGCAGUUCCUCACCGAGAGCGGGGCCUCCUUCCAGCGGCCAAUCACCCAGAAGUCCCUCAACAGUCCGAGCCUUCGUGACAUCCAAGAAAUCUUCGAGCACAUGUUCAGCCGGAUCGACGCCAACUUCCGUUUCGAGAAGUUCGAGGAUGAUGUGGCCAUGCUGGCCAAGGCAAUGCGCUAUCAAAAGGAGCUGAAUCGAUCGAAGAUUGCUUCCAGCAGCAGCCACCAUGGCUGGCCCACCAUGUUGGCUUUCCUCAUUUGGAUGAUUGAGCUGAUCAAGGCGAUCGAUGCCCUGGAGUUCGAACUCGAGGAGCGCUUGCGGCCGUGGAUCUUCCGCUUCGAGUGUGAAACCUUUCGCUUCGCCCUGGCCCAAGAUGAUCCCAAGGUGGAGUCCUACUGGAAUGUGCUGAUGGAACACUUCAACGCCAUGCUCAUGGACCUGGAGCAGGCCUCACAGGUGGCCGCCACCGAAACGGCUGCCAUUGCCCAGCAAGUGGAUGCCAUGCAGGCCGAAAACCCGGCCCUCGGGGAUCUGCAAGCCCAACGCGACCGCCUUCGCAAGAUCGGCGCCGAGUUCUCCGACACCAUGCUUCGUCUGGAGCAGGAGGACCGCACCAUGCGCGACCAGCUGGCCCAGUUGGAUGAGGAGCUUCUGGCUCUCCGUGCCUCCGGAGCAGACCUCGCACAGCAGGCACGCCGCGAGGCGGCCGCCUCACCUGCGGAAUCCGGCGCCGAGUCGGGUUCCAGGCGGAAUUCUCUCUCCCGGUCUUUCAACUCCUCCAUCGGGCAGCGGUCCUUCAGCGGGUCAAUCACCGGAUCGCGGCCGGGCUCGGCUGCGGCCGAAGAUCGGGACGAGUAUACGGCCGACCUGCAGCGGCUGCUGGCCAGCAGCUCGCCGGAUGACACCUCCCCCUCGGUGGCCUCCAGUGAGGAUGACCCGGCCGUCAUGCAGCAGGCCCUGCGCGAGCAGCUGGCCGCCCUGCGUGCGGAGAACCAGCGCCUUUCCACCGGCAUCGUUCAGCUCGAGCGGGAUCUCCUCCGCCGGACACAGGAUCUGGAAGAUCGCCGCGCCGAGUAUCCCGACCUGCUUGCGGACCUGGAUCGCUUUUUGGCCUCCGAGAUGCUCGAGCGGGAUCUCCUCCGCCGGACACAGGAUCUGGAAGAUCGCCGCGCCGAGUAUCCCGACCUGCUUGCGGACCUGGAUCGCUUUUUGGCCUCCGAGAUGGUUGACCCUCCGGCCACUGGGGCCGUUGCUGGCACUGCCAAGCGUCCGGCCGCAUCGCGCUUCUCCGACACCUUCGAGCCCCUCAACAAGGCCCCUCGUCUGACGGCGGAUCUGCCCCCGCGGCCGGAUGCCGGGCGACGGGCCGCGGCUGGCUCCGGCAGCCUGGCUGCCUCCUUCUCCUCGAAUGGAGAUGCCGGCGCCUCUUCGGCCGGGGAUGCCCCGGGUACUGACCCCGCCGGGACCGGGGAGCCGGUGGGACCGAUCGCCGAUCUCCACCGCCAGGCUGGCGAGCUGGAGGCCUCUGGCGAUCGGCUGCAGGCCACCUUCGCCGAACGAAAUGCCGACCUGGCGGCCGUGCAUGACACGGUGGAGCAGCUGCGAAGCCGGGAACGCGCCCUAUCACAAGCGGUCGCGCGCCUCGAGGCGGAUCUCCGCCAAGCGAGCACCGCAUCCGAAGACCAGUUGGCCGCGCAGCGCGCUCGCACCCAAGCCCUCACCAGCGAGCUGGAGCUUCUGCUACAGGAGGCUGGCCUGCCGGUGGAUGUCGCUCGUCUGGGUGAUUCAACCACCUCCCCGGGGGCAGAGUCUGAGGGGGGUGGCGCAGCGACACCGGACGCCCUCUUCCAGGAGGGGGAUGUGUUGGCCGCGGCCCGACGCGAGUUGGACCACUUGCGCCAGGAGCUGGACCACCAGCGAGCCGUCCAGCGCCGGGUAUCCGAGCGUCUCUUGCGGCAGGUCAUCGCCCCGGUCAAUGAUGUGGUCGUGCUGAAGACCCACGUGGAGCACACCCUCAAUGCCAUGGUGGAGUCCAUCGUCCCGAGUGCCUCGCUGGCCGGGGGAACGGCCCCUGGCGGGCCACCCGUCACACAUCCCGAUCUUUAA